GUGGUGGAAAAAGUGCUCGCAGAAGAAAACACAGAGAUCGGCGACGGCGAUUGGUUUCCACAGUUCAAAUUCUGAAGAUUCCCAAUAGGACGAUAUGGUCAAUGCAACCAAAGGACUGUGCAUCACCUGUGACAUACCAAUGGCACAAUUCAUAAUCAACAUGAACAAUUCGCUGCCUGCGUCGCAGAAAUUCAUAAUACACGUUUUGGAUAGCACCCAUUUGUUUGUGCAACCCAAUGCGGCUGAGAUGAUACGAGGUGCCAUUGCAGAGUUUAGAGACCGAAAUUCCUAUGAGAAGCCUGCUUAAAUAGUUUCAUUUGUUCCCCCAAUCUUCAUUUACAUUAGUAUUUUCUUUCCAAAUUCUAGCGGACCAUACUUUUCUGUUGUGAAAUAUAACUCCUUUAUCUGAUCUAGUUACUUGCUUUCUUGAUACGUCAAUAACAUGAGAGUGAGCGGUCUUUUUGCAACAAUCUCAUGAACACAAAUUGGAUUGCCAUUUUGUUUUACCAUAUCUAUUUCCGGA